GUAAAGAAAAUUCAUUUGACAGGUAUUUGGUCUUCCGACCAUAUGUUAGUUUGGUUAUUUAAACGCAUAUGUGACAGAUACGGCCAAAUACAAAAUAAUUGAAUUAUAUAUAUACAUAAUACAACUGUAUAAAAGUACAAAUCGCUGGGACUCUUGAUGUUUAAAAAUAUAUCUUACAGAAAUAAUAAUAACAAAGUAGAUUCAAAGUAUUAAUUUCUGAAAUAUAAGAAUAGUGAAAUACUUAUCAAAGAUUGUUGUAGUGAUAUAAAUUAAGUACUGGAUUAAUUACUAGUAGAUAAGCCUGAUCUAAAACUUUAAUUCGAUUUUGGAAGAAUCUCUGGUGCUUUACAAAUCCUUCAUUAGCAAGCCGUACUGUCUAUCUUGAUUUUAACCUUAUAAGAACAAUAUUAGAUCUCAUUUUCCCUUAUUUUCAAUCAUAGAAAAUAUGUUUCAUUUCAAAGAUAUAAUUGAUUGAUUCUCAUAAAUACUUUUUUGAUCAAGUUUUUUGACAUUUUACUAAUUAUACAGAAAUAAUCUCAAACUUUUAAAAUGUCAUCUCUUAAAUAUGUAAAAAGUAUAAACUUAAAAAUAAUUUAAGCACUUGGAUGUGUAUUUUAUGUAUAUUUAAAAUAAGAAUUAAUGAUAUAACUAAAAAUAAAGGUUCAAACAUGUUUUGAGGCUUAGUUUCUUAUUGGUAAAACUAUUUUCAUUACUGCCAGUCUAAUAUUAAAUUGUUAAGUAUUUCCUUGUGAGCCAGUGCAUGUUGUGAAAUCAAUUCAUCAUAUUGCUUAGUGGAUGAAGAUUGAUGGUUAUUCAUCCCAAUAUCUGGUUGUAUUUCAACCAGAGUAUAGUCUUUUGAAAUAAUUUGUAAGGCAAAGUGGAAAUUACACCUUUUAUUUACAAAUAAUGUUAUUACAAAUUGGGUAAGUUUUGUUGUGCUGCUUGUAAAAGUUUUAGAAAUAUCUUGAAUUUUGAAUGCAGCACAAUGUUGCAUCCAAGAAUGGCAACUUGGAAAUUGCAAACUAUUAGAGAACUAAGAAAAAUAAAUACACUUACAUUAUAGAUAAUAAAGGAUACAAAAAUAGCCUUGAAAUUAUAGACAUUGCCAUCACAAUUUAUUUUUAAAGUACUUUUUCUUUCUUGUAGUUACCAUUUGAUUAUGGCAUUUGUUAUAAAUUACAUUUAUACUUGUUAGAUCACAACUUUUUUAGAUGAUUUGAAUAUACGGAUUGGACUGUAUUAUUCUAUAUAAUUAAUAUUAUUAUUAAUUAUCUUGUAAUAGUAGUACAAAAAUGUAUAUAGGAAAGUUUUAAAUUUUUUAGGCAUAUUUUCUCUUUUUUUAUAUGUGUAGAGGAGAUGUGAUCUAUUUAAAGUUUUAUAAUAAAUUAUUUAUGUAAUAGAUAUAUUAUUGAAAACCCAAAGAGUUUAGACACUUAAGGUAAAGCAUGGGAAUUAUAUAUUUUAAUGAAUAGUGCUUAGUUUGAUUGAACAAUGUACAUUAAUUAUUAAACUAUUCAAAAUGAAUUAUACCUUUUUAGUUAUUUUUGUUAAUUUAUACAAAAAAUUAUGAAUUUUUGUUCAUAAACCAGAACUUCUAACUUAUUUAAUGAAACAAACAUAGGUUUACCUAUUUCAAGGUCAUGUUACUAUCUAAAAUAAAGAAUAUUUGCUUAAUAAGCGUGAUUACUGGAACCUAUCUGACUGUUAAUGUAUAAUUAGUGGUUAUUGCAUGGCAGUGAGGACUUGUGACAGGUUCCGACCAUCACAACAGCCCAACCUUCACUGUUAGCUCCAAGAUGAGAUUGGCAGCUCUGUGGGUCUGUGUGAUGUCACAGCAACUUUUGGCUGUCCGAGGAGAGGAUCAAGUGGCCCUGGAACUAGGGCUGAAACGUGUGGUGAGCGAGAGAUCAUGCGAGUGUGUGCCAGUCUACCGCUGCCAAUUCAAAACAUCUACUGACGGCUCAGGCUCUAUUGAUAUCAGAGUGGAUAGGCAGGGUUGUCCAGGGCUGCUAGAUGUCUGUUGUCCAUUCACAAUCACUCGUCCGCCACCUGCCACCUUGUCUUGUGGAGUGCAAUUUACACCAAGACAGGUUGAGACUCGUAUCACUGGGGAUGACUAUGCCCAUUAUGGUCAGUAUCCAUGGAUGGCAGCACUUUCUAGCUCCUGGCCGAAAGUACGUCUGUGGAGGCUCCCUCAUCCACCGCCAGGUGGUAUUAACUGCAGCACACUGCGUGCAUCAGGUCAGGUAUGUAAGGUGCUUCUGCCACAUUCAGGAGUACUCUAA